AUGUUUGGCUUUAUCUACGGAGUUGAAGCAAAACUGCUCUUAUUGCCAGACCACUCUUCUCCGUUCGAGCGGAGAUUCGCGGACAUUUCCUCGGCGGUGGAAAAAGCUGGUCAAGUCCCCCCUGUCCUAGUCACUCAGAAAAUCAAUUUACAAAAUGAGGAUCCUCCAUAUCGAAUUCUGCAAUACCCUGUGUUUGCUUUGACCUAUAGUCAAGUCUUAUUACAGUCAUUGAAGGCUGGAGAUACCUUCGGAUCAAUAGACAACCCGUGUGUUCCCACCGGAGAUAAAGGACAUAUAGCAAAUCCUGAGAUCCGCGACGUAUAA